GUGAGGGUAGAACCGGGUUCGCUGUGAGCCAUGUUGGAUGUGAAUGAGAGAUGCUGCGCUCGUGCCGCUGCUAGCCGGAGCUCUACCAAACACCGAGAGUAGAUGCGAGCUUCCCGGGAUCACCGAGCGACCGGGGAGCACGGCGGAAGGUGUCGGGCGGUGGGGGUUGAGCUGGCCACUUAGCCGGCGUUUGGAGAGAGAAAGAGAGACACUUGGGUUCAGAGAGAGGGGAGAAAGGGGGGGGGAGAGAAAGGAUUUCACCAGACUAAUGGCUGCACUGCUACUGGAUUUGGGCUCGCUUUCGCCGCUGUUUUUUCUCCUUCUUCUCAGCUCUUUGUUCACUGUUAUCCCGGGGAGUGCAGCGGGGCCGUUCUGUCGUUCAUUAUGCACCCACCCAGCCCCCGGAGACGCUAAAAUCACCAGCCUGCCUGACGGAACGGUAACGGGGGCUUUGGCUGGGGGCGAUUGGAAGAUCCACCCUGCACGGACGCUACGGUCGCGUGGACGGGAAUCGCAAUGCUUACGGUCCUGUGCAGAGGGAACCCCCUCAGCUCCGUUGAGUCCGGAUUACCGGAAUUCUAGUGCAUGGAUAUCAGAACCGGCGGCGCACACCGGACGCAGUCAUCACCAGCCUGUUUGGAGGAACGGUGGCAGUGGAGAGAAGGGCGUUGUUUCUCGUGUUCUCUCCUCUCCGGUUCAGUAUGGCAAAAAGAGGACUAUACAAAGGACUAGAACGCACUCGCGGCCACAGACGCGCCUCGACACGGACAGGGUCAUUGCACAAAGCGUGCUGGAUAGCUGUAGAACCGUGGAUAGUCAAUCCAGGCCUAACCUCUGCCCAUGUCACCCAAAACGGGAGUUUGCCGCUGCCAAGACACCAACUCGGCCGCUAUUAAAAGCCUAUUCUUAUUCUAAUUUGGUUUCGGACGCCAAUAAAUUGUGCAAAGCGACAGCGGGCCGUCUACUCUCAGGCCCCCUGAAUGUUAUCGAUCUCACCAGAGAGGACUGGAAAGGGUCAGGCAUUAGGAAUAUCCGCGGGUGCUCGGGACCGUGCUCGUGGCAGCUCUCUCUAGGGCUUGGAAGCGAAGCAAGCAGCUGUCUCGAGUCACACCGGAUCACAGGUUGUUCUGAAAUGCAUCCAGACUGGCACAGCAGUAACUGGCACCGGUUCAACAUCUCUCUGAGGCGCUACGCUGUUUGUGGAAGGCAGGCAAGAGAAAAUACAAACACCACAUCUUCAAAUAAGAACUUAGAAGUAGAAUUUGUGCAUGCAAAGUCUGAUCGGAAUAGUUCACAAAAGUCUUCUUGUGCGCUCAAACGGACUGAUGCUCUGGAUUUAAUGCUACAGGCUGCCUGGGUCAGGACUGAGACUCGCUUUGUUGGCAGAAAGGCUCAUUAUAAUGGAUCAACUGGAACCAGCGCUGCUCAGUUGUAUAUCGGCGAUGUACAUAACUCUGACUCAUCUGCUACUGGCUCUCCCAGGUAUCACACAUCACCACAUAUCUACCUCUUAGUCGAGUUUAACUUUCCUAAGCGUUUUCGUGACUCGCACAUUCACACGCGAGAAGAUUCAGCACCCGCUCAGUGGACAGCGCCAAUCUCCGUGCGUGAGCUCGCACACUCCAAUGACUUUACUCAAAGUUUGUUGCUGAGGAAUUGGAACAGUAACAAUAACAACAACUGCGCCAAGAAUCGUAACGAUAACCACCAAAACAACAGCAGUCCUGAUUAUCAAAAUGCAAAUGAAACCCAAAAUGUUCCUGACAGUGAAAAGCUCGACUUUGUAAGAGGGGAAAGCGCACGUUAUCCUUGCUCUAGUACGCGUGCAGAGUGUGGCGACUACGACAGCUUAACCGCCGAUGGGGGAGCCACGCGGCCGCAAUUAAAAUCCGGUAAACGGGUGUCAUUACAAGCUGAGGGUGUCAGUCAGCAAGAGGAGCAGCUGGAAGCCGCGACUGAGUGCGGUAGGGAGGGACAGAUAGAGGGCGGGGUGAAAGGGGAGGGAACGGAGGAGGGAGACAGACAGCCUGUAGAGGGAGAAAGGGAGGAAAGCAUGGAGUGGGUGAUUGCAGAAGACACAAAGGAAGAGGUAGUGUUAGAAGAGACAAAUUUACUGAGAGAAAAAGAAAAAGGUCAAGGCAAUGGCACCUUUCAGUCAGACAGAAAAAGCGAUGAAAACAAAGAGGGAAUGUGGACUGAACAGAAUGAGCUUAAACAGAGUCUAGAUGGGGUGGGAAACACACAAAAAGCUCUGUACAGUGAGAAACAAAAAGCAAGAGAGAGCGAUGAAGUUCAGAGAGGAGAAGAGCAGGAGUACAACGAAGAGCAGACAGGUGUCCCUCCUGUUGGGCGCUCCCGUAGAGCUGCUAAUAGGCACCCCCAUUUCCCCCAGUAUAACUACCAGGUUCAUGUUGCUGAGAACCAGCCUCCUGGUACCUCAGUCAUAACUAUGACAGCUGAAGACCCUGAUGCUGGUGAGGCAGGCAGACUCAGUUACAGCAUGGCCCCUUUAAUGAACAGCAGGUCCAUGGAUUACUUCCAAAUGGACCCAAUUACUGGCCUUCUCACCACCACACACAUUCUGGAUCGAGAACACAUGGACCUGCACUACUUCCGAGUUACUGCCACAGACCAUGGCUCACCACGCCUUUCUGGAACAACUAUGGUGACCAUCACUGUGACUGAUCGUAAUGAUCACUCUCCCGUGUUUGAGCAAACAGAAUACCGCGAGACCAUUCGAGAGAACGUGGAAGAGGGAUAUCCUAUCCUGCAGCUGCGCGCAACAGAUCUCGACUCGACAGCGAACGCUAACAUACGCUACAGAUUUAUUGGAGAAAGUGUGGCUGUUGCACGCACUGCGUUUGAGAUCGAUCCUCGAUCAGGCUUGAUCACAACACGAGGUAUUGUUGACAGAGAAGUAAAUGAACGUUAUACAUUGUUGGUGGAAGCAAGCGACCAGGGAAGAGAGCCGGGCCCACGGUCGGCUACCGUUAACGUCCAUAUUACUGUGUUGGAUGAGAAUGACAAUGUUCCACAGUUCAGUCAAAAGCGGUAUGUGGUUGCAGUUAGAGAGGAUGUCCGACCACAUUCUGAAAUCCUCAGAGUCAGCGCCUCGGACCAGGAUAAAGAUGGGAAUGCUGCUGUGCACUACAACAUAAUCAGCGGGAACAGCCGAGGACAGUUUGCGAUUGACAGUGUUACUGGAGAAAUCCAGGUGGUAGCACCACUGGACUAUGAGACGGAACGGGAGUACAUGCUACGGUUGCGGGCUCAGGACAACGGCCGUCCACCUCUCUCCAACAACACUGGAAUUGUGAGUGUGCAGGUCACUGAUGUCAAUGAUAAUCCACCAAUCUUUGUAUCCACGCCUUUCCAGGCUACAGUGCUGGAGAGCGCUCCUAUCGGUCACUCCAUUCUUCACAUACAAGCUAUUGAUACAGAUAAUGGUGACAAUGCACGCCUGGAAUACCGUUUAACGGGAACCGGCACGGAUACACCAUUUGUUAUCAACGCUGCCACUGGUUGGGUCACAGUGAGCUCAGAACUUGACCGUGAAUCAGUAGAGCAUUACUUCUUUGGUGUUGAAGCUCGAGAUUAUGGUGCCCCACCUCUUUCCGCCACAGCUAGUGUUACAAUCACAGUUAUGGAUGUUAAUGAUAACCGACCAGAGUUUCUACAAAAAGAGUAUUACGUCAGACUAAAUGAAGAUGCAGCUGUUGGAACAAGUGUGGUCAGCAUAACCGCAGUUGACCGUGAUGUAAAUAGUGCCGUCACGUAUCAGAUCACAGGUGGAAACACACGUAAUCGCUUUACCAUUAGUACAGCUGGUGGAGCAGGACUUGUCUCCCUAGCACUGCCUUUGGACUACAAACAGGAGCGUCGCUAUGUGCUAACAGUCACUGCUUCUGACAGAACUCUCCACGAUACCUGUCAGGUGCACAUCAACAUCACAGAUGCCAACACACACCGUCCCGUAUUCCAGAGUGCUCAUUAUUCAGUAAGUGUGAAUGAGGACCGGCCUCCUGGCAGCACAGUGGUGGUCAUAAGUGCAACAGAUGAUGAUGUUGGAGAAAACGCCCGCAUCACUUACUACCUGGAGGACAAUAUUCCACAGUUUCGCAUCGAUCCUGCAAGCGGAGCGAUCACACUUCAAGCAGAACUAGACUACGAAGACCAAAUGACUUACACGCUUGCCAUCACUGCUCGUGACAAUGGAAUCCCUCAGAAAUCUGACACCACUUAUGUGGAGGUCAAUGUUAAUGAUGUAAAUGACAACGCACCUCAGUUCCUGAGCCCCAGGUAUCAGGGUGGAGUCAGUGAGGAUGCUCCACCUUUCACUAGUGUGCUACAAAUCUCCGCUACUGACCGUGAUGCGCAUGCCAAUGGCCGUGUCCAGUAUACGUUCCAGAAUGGAGAAGAUGGUGAUGGUGAUUUCACCAUAGAACCAACCUCGGGAAUAGUCCGGACCGUCAGGAGACUUGAUCGUGAAAGUGUUCCCUUCUAUGAGCUGACUGCAUUUGCUGUGGAUCGCGGUGUUCCACCUCAGCGUACACCUGUACACAUUCAAGUCAGUGUCAUGGAUGUCAAUGACAAUGCUCCAGUGUUUCCUGCUGAUGAUUUUGAGGUUCUAGUGAAGGAGAAUAGUGCCGUUGGGUCCGUCGUAGCUCAAAUUACAGCGACUGAUCCAGAUGAGGGCCCAAACGCUCAGAUUAUGUAUCAGAUUGUGGAAGGAAAUAUUCCAGAAAUCUUCCAAAUGGACAUUUUUUCAGGAGAACUCACUUCUUUAAUUGACCUUGACUACGAAACACGGAAUGAGUACGUAAUUGUUGUCCAGGCCACAUCGGCUCCACUAGUCAGUCGUGCCACGGUGCGCAUACGACUGGUUGACCAGAAUGAUAAUGGGCCCCAAAUGCAAGACUUUCAAAUCAUCUUUAACAACUUUGUAUCCAAUCGAUCUAACACCUUCCCAAGUGGGGUUAUUGGACGUGUUCCAGCCCAUGACCCAGAUGUUUCGGAUCGUCUCUACUACACCAUAGACCGUGGGAAUGAGCUACACCUGCUGCUGUUGAACCACACGAGCGGGGAGAUCCGCCUCAGCCGGAAACUGGACAACAACCGACCACUGGUGGCCCCGAUGCUUGUCACCGUCACUGAUGGCAUUCACAGCAUCAGUUCUCAGUGUGUGUUGCGGGUUCUCAUCAUUACGGAGGAGAUGCUCAGCAGCAGCAUCACUGUACGACUCCAGAACAUGUCCCAGGAGCACUUCCUGUCCCCGCUGCUCACUCACUUCCUGGAAGGGGUGUCAGCCGUGCUUUCAGUCUCUCCUGAUGAUGUGUUUGUGUUCAACGUGCAGCCGGAUGCAGAUGCAGGAAAGGUGCUCAACGUUAGUUUCUCCGCUGCAUUGCCGGGAGGGCAGUUUUUCCCAUCGGAGGCUCUGGAGGAGCAGCUGUACCUCAACAGACAUAGACUCAAUGCCCUUGCACAUAUGGAGGUUCUCCCAUUUGAUGAUAACGUGUGUUUACGUGAGCCAUGUCAGAACUACAUGAAGUGCAUCAGCGUUCUCCGUUUCAACAGCUCCGCUCCCUUUAUCGCCUCCCCAUCCACGCUGUUCCGGCCCAUCCAUCCCAUCACAGGGCUGCGCUGCCGCUGCCCUGCCGGAUUUACGGGAGAUUACUGCGAGAUUGAAAUUAACCUGUGUUACUCAAACCCCUGCAUGAAUGGAGGAGUGUGCGCACAGAGAGAGGGAGGCUACACCUGCAUCUGCCGAGAGGAUUACACAGGCGAGCGGUGUGAGUUCGACUGGCGUGGUGGCCGGUGUGUGGCAGGCGUUUGUCGUAACGGCGGUACAUGUCUUGAGCUCUCCGGAGGGGGAUUCAGGUGUGAGUGUCCUGCAGGAGGUUAUGAGAAGCCAUAUUGCUCUGUCACCACCAGAUCCUUCCCGCCAAAAUCAUUCAUGAUGUUCAGGGGGCUCCGUCAACGAUUCCACCUCUCCAUCUCUCUCUCGUUUGCCACAUUGGAAAGUAAUGGUUUGCUCUUCUACAACGGUCGGUUUAAUGAGAAGCAUGACUUCCUUGCUUUGGAGAUACUGAACGGACAAAUGGUUCUUAAAUACUCCACAGGUGAGUCGUCUACUCAGGUGAGUCCAUACCUGCCUGGCGGAGUAAGUGACGGCAACUGGCACACCGUUCACAUCCAUUACUACAACAAGCCAAAGCGCAGUGUGAGUGGUGACGUUCAGGGUCCGUCUGAUGAGAAGGUUGCAGUCUUGAGCGUAGAUGACUGUGACACAGCUGUUUCUCUGAGGUUUGGCAUUCAGCUCGGCAACUACAGCUGUGCUGCACAGGGAAGACAGACCAGCAGCAAAAAGUCUCUGGAUCUGACAGGCCCGUUGUUUUUGGGUGGAGUUCCUAACCUGCCUGAGAACUUCCCGUUUACUACAAGAGAAUUUAUUGGCUGCAUGAAAGACCUGCAUAUUGAUAACAGACCAGUGGACAUGGCAGGAUUCAUCGCUAAUAAUGGCACUUUACCUGGUUGCAGUGCAAAACUGCCUUUCUGUAAAUCAAACCCGUGCCAGAAUGGCGGCACAUGUAGGGUGAGCUGGGAGACGUUUUCCUGUGACUGCCCUGUUGGAUUUGGAGGGAAGGACUGCAGCUUAGUGAUGUCCCACCCCCAUCGUUUCCUUGGAAACAGUGCGCUGUGGUGGGACCUGAAGAAUGAAGUCACCAUCACUACACCCUGGUACAUGGGGCUGGUGUUCCGCACCAGAUCAAAAGAGGGGGUUCUCCUGCAGGCUCAAGCUGGACAGUACACCAACUUGAUCUUUCAGGUGGUUUCGGGUCAUUUGGUGUUUUCUGUGGCACGGGGUUCGACUCGGCCGGUCAGGUUGAGACUGGAUCAGGUUCAGGUGUGUGAUGGACGCUGGCAUGACCUACAGCUCGAGCUCCGCGAUGUCAGGAGUGGCAGAGAGACUCGAUAUAUUGCUACAGUCCGACUGGACUUUGGACUGUAUCAGGGAACAGUCAUUGUUGGGAAUGAGAUUAAUGGUGUAAAGGUGAAGCACCUACAUGUAGGUGGAGUUUUAGGGUCCGGAGAGGUGCAAAAUGGUAUACGUGGCUGCAUUCAGGGGGUGCGUCUGGGGGUGCGUCCUGAUUCCCCUGCAUUGCCCCGCCCUUCCAGAACCAUCAAGGUGGAGACUGGCUGUAAUGUUGGCAACCCGUGUAAUUCCUUCCCUUGUCCCGCCCACAGCCAAUGCACCGAUGAAUGGGAUCGACACACCUGUGUUUGUGAACCAGGAUUCUACGGUAAAAGCUGUAUGGAUGCAUGUCAGCUGAACCCAUGUGAAAAUCAAGCAAAGUGUCACAGGAAGCCCAGCUCCUCGCAUGGAUAUAUUUGUGACUGUGAGGACAAUCACUAUGGACAGUACUGCCAACACAGGGUCGAGCAGCAAUGUCCUCGUGGUUGGUGGGGCAGCCCGACAUGUGGACCCUGCCACUGUGAAGCCAGUAAAAGCUUUGACACCGACUGCAAUAAGACCACUGGACACUGCCACUGCAAGGAGUUUCAUUACCGACGGCUGGGCAGUGAUGUCUGCUUGCCAUGUGAUUGCUAUCCAGUGGGCUCCUUCUCAAGGUCAUGUGACCCCGAGAGCGGCCAGUGCCAGUGCCGACCUGGAGUGAUUGGCAGACAGUGUAACAUGUGUGACAAUCCAUUUGCUGAGGUCACACAAACAGGCUGUGAAGUAAUCUAUGAUGGCUGUCCGAAGACCAUAACAUCAGCAAUCUGGUGGCCCAGAACAAAGUUCAACCUGCCUGCUGCUGUCCCCUGUCCCAAAGGAUCAGUUGGAACUGCGAUUCGGCACUGUGAUGGAGAGAGAGGAUGGCUCGACCCUGAUCUGUACAACUGCACCUCUCCUCCUUUUGUGGAGCUAAACACAGCCCUGGAGGCUUUAGAAAGAAAUGAGACAGAACUCAACACCAUCAUUGAGAAAAAACUGGCCCAUCAGCUUCGUGAUGUCACAGAGGCAACAACCCGUCUCUAUGGCAAUGACCUUCAGAUAGCCGAGAGGCUGCUGUCUCGCCUCCUGACCUUUGAGAGCCUCCAGUCAGGCUUCGGUUUGACAGCUACUCAGGAUGCACAUUUCAAUGAGAAUGUGUUGCGAGGCUGUAGUGUUUUGUUGGGUCCGGGCAGUGCUGCGUUGUGGAGGGGUCAAAGUUCAGGUCUGACUGGAGCGGCGGGAUUGGCCGAUCUGUUGGAGCAGUACGCCCGCAUACUCGCCCAGAACAUGAAACAGACCUACCUCAAUCCUGUGGCACUCGUCGCCCCAAACAUCGUCAUGACUCUGGAUCGCGUUGACAACCACACACACGUGAGGCGACGAUUUCCACGGUAUCACAGUACUCUGUUCCGAGGUCAAGUGCUUUGGGACGCUCACACACAUGUUGUGCUGCCCCCUACUACACUAGUGUCACAGCGCAACUUCUUUUCAGCUCCAUCUCCUGCUGGCCCUGUGAACCUGUUGGCCAAUCAGACGUUAGAAGCAACAACAGCGCAGCGUUCUUUGUCACUGCAUGAGGCGCCGAUCUCCAUUGUCAUCCUCCUUAUUUAUCGAAGCCUAGGGGCCGCACUUCCCCCUAAAUACCACACAGACCGUCGCGGCGUCAUUCUAAUAUGCUGA